AUGGAUCGCUGGGUCGGCAAGACAGCUGUGGUGACUGGUGCGAGUUCAGGCAUUGGAUCAGGCAUUGCUGUCGGCUUUGCCAACGCUGGGAUCAAUGUCAUCGGCCUUGCAAGGAGAACUGAACCAAUUGAGGUGUUAAAGAGCCAAGUGACUGGUUCAGGCAGUAUAACAGCUCAUCACUGCGACGUAUCGAGUGCUGAAGAUGUGGCUGCCACGUUCAAGUGGAUUAAUGAGACCUUCGGCUGCGUCCACAUACUGGUCAACAACGCUGGUAUCUUCGUUACUGGCGGGAUUACAGAUGCGGGCGACGACAUGAUAAGUGAGAACGACAUCAUAGCGAUCCUCGACACAAACUUGAAAGGUACAAUAUUAUGUGCCAGGCACGCCAUCGCGUCAAUGAGGAGCAACAACUUCGACGGACAUGUGAUCAACAUUAACAGUAUUGCAGGCCAUUACGUGCCGAUGUCGUCUAAGUUCAAUGUGUACACCAGCUCCAAGUAUGGAGUCACCGGCUUCACUGCCGGGCUGCUGAACGAGCUGGCGGACCAUAAGAAUAAAAUCAAAGUUACUAGUGUAUCCCCCGGCUUAGUAAACACGAGCCUGAACGUGGUGGCUGCCACCACGACGGACAUGCCCGCGCUGCGCCCCAAAGACAUUGCCGACGCGUGUCUCUACGUACUCUCUACACCACCCACCGUCAAUAUAAACGAGCUCACAAUAACACCAGUUACUGAGAGGAGGUUGUGA